GAAACGUCAUAAACAACUGAUCGCACGUGCAUUGCUACACAAUAUAAUUAGGAAAAUCUGAAAAUUUUUACAAAAAAUUAUAAAAAAACUCGAAAUAAAAGUUAAAUUCAUUCCAAAAUGAGUGAAAGUGAGGGUGAGGAACAGCCAAAAAACACUAAUGAGCCGGUGGAAAAUGCUUGGGCCAUGAAAAUACCAGCAUUUAAACCAGAAGACAAUCCCAAUGGUUUAGUAGAGGAAUCUUCGUUUGCUACUUUAUUUCCAAAAUAUCGUGAGAAAUACCUUAAUGAAGUAUGGCCUCUAGUGCAACAAGCUGUGGCUGAGUAUAAUCUUAAAGCAGAACUCGAUUUGAUUGAAGGCAGUAUGGUGGUGAAGACAACACGUAAAACUUGGGAUCCCUAUAUUAUCAUCAAAGCUCGUGAUAUGAUUAAGUUAAUGGCACGUAGUGUACCCUUUGAACAGGCAAAACGUGUGCUGCAAGACGAAAUCGGUUGUGAUAUUAUUAAAAUUGGUAGUUUAGUAAGAAAAAAGGAUAAAUUCGUGAAAAGACGUCAAAGGCUUAUUGGACCCAAUGGAGCUACUUUGAAAUCCAUAGAACUGCUAACUGAUUGUUAUGUUUUGGUACAGGGCAAUACGGUAGCCGCUUUGGGUCCCUAUAAAGGUUUGCAACAAGUGCGAGACAUUGUUAUAGACACCAUGGAAAAUGUACAUCCCAUUUACAAUAUCAAGGCCUUAAUGAUUAAAAGAGAAUUGAUGAAAGAUCCCAAAUUGGCUAAUGAGGAUUGGUCACGUUUCUUGCCCAAGUUCAAGAAUAAAAACAUUAGCAAACGUAAACAACCUAAAGUUAAGAAACAAAAGAAAGAAUACACACCCUUCCCACCGGCACAACCGGAAAGUAAAAUCGAUAAACAAUUGGCCUCCGGUGAAUAUUUCCUUAAUAAGGAACAGAAACAACAGCGUCGCCAACACGAACGUGAAUCUAAACAAGCCGAAGCCAGAGAGAAACAACAGGAAAAACGUCAAAAAGAUUUUAUACCACCCACCGAAGAUCAAGCCUCUACCUCAAGAAAACGUACAGCUGGUGAGGAUAAUAAAUUUGAUGUUAAGGCUCUAAAGGCUAAAGUGGCAAAAGCUAAUAAGAAAAUGAAAUCAUAGAGAUUAGAUUUAAAAGUUUAUUUUAGUUUAUAAAAAGUGAUUUUUUUCGCUUUCUUCAUAUAAUAAGUAAGAUUUUAUAAAUGGAUUUUAUUUAAUGUAUAAUAAAAAAUUAAAA